AUGCUCUAUUCGGUCGCAGAGAACACGCCUCUCUCCAAGCUCCCCGAGUUUUCGGACGACUUUUACGCCCUCAUCAAGCAUCUGGAAUACCACAGCACGCCAGACGCCGCAGACGAGAUCUUCAAGGGCACGGCCGGACAAAAACUGGAGCUCACGCGAUGGUUCGAGGGGAGUCGAGACAGACAGAAGAACCCCCUCAACGUGUACUUGCUAAACGUGGGGAAUGAAGAGGAGGUGGAGGCUCUGGAGGAGGAUAACGAGGUCAUGUUCAAAAUGUUUGUGCGGUGCUCCAACUACAACAGAAGGUCUCACUGGCUGAGCGAGAAGGAUCCCAAGCUGAUGCGACUGGCAGCAAUGUAUUAUCUGGAGCAGGAGAAGUUUCUCAAGAGCCUGUUCAACGUGCUUACCCCCGAACGAGCUGCCGUCUACACCGACGACGCCAACUUCACCAAUUCCGGCGCUCUUCGAGUUCUCAAGCUGCUGCGACGAGAAAACACCCCUGGCAUUUUCAACAUUCCUCACGGCAGGUUGAGACACUACAGAGUGGCCAAAGCUCUUUACAAUUGGCGCAACGGUGAAUACAACCCGUUAUUAUACAGCCCUAAUUAG